AUGUCUACUCUUGAGAAGUGCGAUUCUCAUACUGCUUCGUUGGCAUUUCGUGAGGAGGUCAUACCUGGAACAAAGAUGCAUAGGUCUUUAGUGAAGAUCACACCAGUGGAUAUAAGGGAAGUGAUGGCCCAGGCGAAUGGAAUCAUCAAACUAGAAGAAGAAGAGCUCACCCAGUCAAAACAUGCCACUUCCACCAUUGCGAUCCCAAAGCCUCCAUCAGAGCAAAAGGUGGAGACGAAGCGAUAUUCCUUGAGACAAGAGCCUAGCAACGGACCUAGGCAAAGCCAACCCUUCAGCAGGCUCACAAUGAGUUUAGCCAAACUGUUUCACGAGAACAAGGGCAACGGUAUAUUUCGAACGCCACCUGCGAUCCGCGAAUCCCCAGAAAAGCGAGACAGGAACAAGAUGUGCGCCCAUCAUAACGACUUUGGACAUACUACUGAUGAGUGCCGAAGUCUCAAAUAUCAGGUAGAGGCAAUGCUGAGAAAGGGAAUGUUAUCCCAUUACCGCGCUACACUUGAUAAUAGGGCAAAUGAAGAGGAUGGGUCAAAAACAAUGACCGGCAAUAUCGCAAAUGAAGAACUGCUGGAGAUCAACAUCAUCCAUGGUCGACCGAAUCUCAUGGAAGGAAAAGAGGCACGAUCCCGAUUCAAAAAAAGAUGA